UGUCAGCUGACUUUCAUUUCGAUGACCAUGAAAAUGAUUGAAUGGCAGACAACAACAAGGAAUUAGAAUCCAAGGAAGAUAAUUCCAAGGUGUCAGAUCGCAGAAACGGGCAUCAAUCACGUACUGGUCUACAAACCAUUAAUUUACAUCGGCCAACUGGAAGAAUAAACGAGCUAACUCAUAUGGCGAGCACCAACACUCUCCCAAAUGACAUUGACAAUACUGCUGGGCAGACAACAGAAGGCCCUACACCAAAGAAAUCUUUGAAGAGAGUGGCAUCAUUUUAUACUCCAUAUAUGGAGGAUCGCUUGAGAAGGAAACUGAAAUUUCAUUUCAUGGGACCACAUGAAAAAUUUAAAGCUAAAAGAAAGUGUCCCUGGAAACUUGUUCUACAGAUUUUUAAAGUUUUUCUUGUAACAGCUCAGCUGAUAAUGUUUGGGUAUGAGAGAGCCUUAUUUGUUGAGUAUGUGGAGUUGAACAAUAUUGCCAUGAAACACAUGUACCUGCUUAAAUGGGAUCCCAGCUUUGAGACGAUGCCUUACCCCCCAGCCACAGGAAAAUAUGCCAUCUACAAAGCAAACGACCUUAUAGAUCAUAUCAAUUUUGCUAUGAAACAGUUCAACCGUACUGAGGAAUUGACCCUUGGAUCACUUAGAUUUGCCAACAGAACAAAAUACCUCAGCAUGUGUGUGGAGGAGUACAGGGAGGGAAAGGUGUAUGACAAUGACACCUAUGUAUUUGAUCCCAAGGUCACCACAGUUUGUUUUGAUCUUCAGCCAGUACCUGUAUAUAAUGAAGCAACAAACAGUACAGAACUUCAAUAUGAUCUUCUUGCCAUUCUGAAAAAACAGAACAGAACCUUGUAUUUUGAUAGAAUUCUUUUAAUCACUCUUAAGUUCCGCCUGAGGUCCAUUCGACUAGCUCUGGAGAGGAAGAGUCAUGAACCGGAAUGUUUCAAAAUCAAUGGCAGGAUUGUGUUUGAUGACAGUAAUAAGGAUGGACAGAUGGUUGUUGAUCUUUUCUCUUCACUGGAUGAAUUUAAGUGCAGUGGAAAAUUUAAAAAUAUGUCUGAUGACCAGGCUGAUAAGCUGGGACAGAUGUUGUUUGAUAUUUUCGUCAUCCUUGUCAGUGUUUUCUCCUCGUUCCUCUGUAUAAGGUCUCUGUACAGAACUCACAAACUCAGAGUGGAAACAGUGCAGUUCUUUAAGACCCGCUACAGGAAGGAUCUGAGUUUCUACGACAAGUUUGAGUUUGUUAACCUUUGGUAUGUUUUGAUUGUGAUUAACGACAUUCUGACAGUGGUUGGAUCUUCCUUCAAAAUUCAGCUAGAGAGGAGGCAUGCCCAGAGUUCAUCAGAAAACUAUGACCUUUGUGCACUAAUGCUUGGAACUGGAAGUUUGCUGGUGUGGAUGGGAGUAAUUAGAUACAUAGGCUUCUUCAAAACUUUUAAUAUUCUAACUGUGGUGUUAAAGAAAGCUUUCCCGGACAUGAUGAGGUUUCUGGUAACUACAAUGAUGCUGUAUCUUGGAUUUAUGUUUUGUGGCUGGGCCGUGCUGGGACCUUAUCACAUCAAAUUCCGGCACUUAAGUACAACCUCUGAGUGUCUGUUUUCAUUGGUGAAUGGUGAUGAUAUGUUUGUGACAUUUUCUGCGACUGUGACAGAGGACACCUUAGUGUGGUACUACAGUAGGAUAUACCUGUAUUUAUUUGUGUCACUGUUUAUUUAUGCUGUCCUGAAUCUCUUUAUUGCUGUUAUCCUCGACACAUAUGAAACCAUCAAGGAGUACUAUGAGCAGGGCUUCCCUAAGAGUGAGUUGUUUGAGUUUAUUGAUGAGUGUGAGGAUUCACCAGACUCCGAGCUGUACAGAGGGGAGGAUCAAACAUGCUCCUGUGGUGUUUUGUCUCUGCUUUGCUGUUUCUGUUGUAAAAAAAGUAAAUCAGGCAGCCCCACAGAGUACACGAGUCUUCUCCACUGACCAGAGUCUGAUGAUCAGCAUAUCAUUACUUAGGAGGCUUGUCAAUUCUCAGUAACCACAACCUAAUUACAGAGUACUGUACUAGCCUUAACCUUCAUAGACCACCGAACAUCUUUGGUCUGGCCAAUAACAUAGCCUUAACCUUCAUAGACUGCCGGACAACUUAGCUCAGGUCAAUAACAUUCCUUAACUUGGAUAUGUAAAGCUUUAAUUAUAUUCCAUUGUGAAUGCUAAAUGACUUUUAAACUUCAGAUAUGUUGCCAUUGUCAUAUUUUUUAUGUAGGUUGUAGUGUAUGGUAAAAAAUGGUGCUUUUUUGUCUUUCUUUAAAUGUGCCUAAGGAUUAUGAUCUAUUGACUUGCUUUAUUAAAUUGUUGUUACAGUAGUAGAUUAUGAGAUUGAAUGUACAAGUAUUAUAUUUAGAUUUUGUGUGGAUGUAUAAUAUUAAUACAGUUUGAAAUCAUGGUAAUGUGUGAUUAAUGCAGGGUACAGACCAUAAUAUCAGCCAGCCUCUUUUACCAAAUAGCUAUUGUAGUAUUAAGAUAUAAAUCAUUUACAUUUAUAAUUGUCUUUACAUGAAUUCAACUGUGUUAAAAAAGUCUCAUGCAUAUAGCAAGAGUUCUUUACAUAAUUCCCAUAAAAAAUCAAAAUAAUAGAAAAGUUGUUUACAUCUUGGAAAAAUUUAAAUUAGGCCUACCAUAUGAAAAAUCAUUCAAGUACAUGUAUAUAAAACAUAUUUCUGUUAGGUACUGCUGAUAAACUUGUUCUAAAGGAGUCUUUGUUUUUAGUAGGGAUGUCAAAAUAUUUAUUUUCCUUAGUCGAUUAUUCAGUUGCAUUAUUCGAACGAUAGUCGAAUAUUCGGAACAUUUUCUGAAAAUAAAAUUUUAUUUUAAACUUCACGGGUACAUGACGUAUUUGUAACUUAAAAACCCUUUUACAUAAAUCUAUUGAAAAGGUAACCUCAAAAUUAAUGCAACGUAACGUGUGGAUAGCAUGAUUAUAUGAAAUAAACUUAGACACCUAAUUCUCCAAACUGUAUAAUUUCCCCAUCAAUCGAAUUCAUAGAUCGGUCUAAACAGUCAAUUUAUGUUUUAGUAAGCAUUAUUUAAAAAUUGCCAGCCGAUAUUUUUAAAAACAAUUUUUUUUAGCUUAUUAUGAAAUAAAUAAAAAUCAGGUGCUCGUGAUAUUUUUAAACAAUUAGAUACUAGCUUAUUCAGUUGAUUGCCCCGGCUAUCAAAA